UUGAAAAAAUGCCCUUAUCAGUACAGGAGCUUAUCCUCUCGCUUAGUUGUGAAGUGGCAGUAGAGUAGAAAAGCAAGAGUUACCUCUUCCUCUUCAGGAAAUAUGGAGACUUCAACCAGCCAUAGUUCUGGCAUUAUGUGGUUCUUCAAAGACAGAGGUUUUGAUGAUAAAAGUAUUCAUGAAAUGUUCCAAAAGUGCAAGCGCCUUGAGGGCGUGCAAAGGGAGAAAGCGUCUGAAAACUGGGACUACUUGAGAAGCAUAGGCAUCCAAGAGAGGAAACUUCCUUCUGUUGUUCGGAAAUGUCCCAAAAUCCUUAUUCUAGGCUUGCAUGAGAAACUUGUCCCAAUGGUUCACUGUCUUGAAACACUGGGUUCGAAACCAAAGGAAGUUGCUUCUGCCAUUACUAAAUUUCCGCACAUACUCUCUCACAGUGUGGAAGAGAAGCUCUGUCCACUCCUUGCUUUCUUUGAAGCGCUUGGUAUAACGGACAAACAACUGGGUAAGAUGAUACUGCUUAAUCCAAGGAUUAUAAGCUACAGCAUAGAACAUAAGCUUUCACAGAUGGUGGAAUUUCUUUCCAGUCUUCAUCUAUCAAAGGAAGGUAUUGGUAAAGUUAUAGUGAAGAAUCCAUAUAUUAUGGGUUAUAGCGUAGAUAAGCGGCUACGUCCUACUUCAGAGUUUUUGAAAUCACUAGGUUUAACAGAUAUGGAUCUGCAGAAAGUGGUAGUUAAUUACCCUGAAGUUUUGUGUAGAGACGUGAACAAGAUUCUGAAACCAAACCUAUCUUACUUGACUUCACGGGGUNGGGGUUUUGGAGUUGGACAGAUUGCAGCUGUGGUCACUUGUUAUCCUCCUGUUCUGAUAAAGAGUGUUACCAACUCUUUAGAGCCAAGGAUUAAGUUUCUGAUAGAUGUUAUGGGGAGGCGACUUGAUGAAGUUGUUGAUUAUCCGGACUACUUUAGGCAUAGCUUGAAGAAAAGAUUAGAGUCGAGGCAAAAACUUGUAACGCAGAAGAACAUAAGCUGUACGCUGAGUGAAAUGCUGGAUUGUAAUCAGAAGAAAUUCCUAUUCAAAUUUGGUCUGGUUCAGUGAAAGUAAUGACCAUGUUCCUUGCCUUUUUCUCGUAGAGUAUAUAGCUUAGCAUUCGGCUUGUAUCAAUCUAAUAGACCUACGGGAUGAGUUUUUUGUGCACCUUUUGCGGUCAUCUGGGAAAUUAUUUAUUCGCAAAUCAUUCAUAUGCUGCUUCUGUAAUUGAUAGUUUCAUCUGUUUAAUGCUGCUCUGAUAGUGCUUAAUAAACACGGAAGGACGAAACAAUCUCUCAGGGUUACAUAGACUUUGGGAUUUGAAAUGUAGGUCUCACAAUCUACUAGGGGAUAUGAAACUAAUUCUUUUCUUUGGUA